GUGGCAACUCUGCGAAAUGUCUAUUUAUCGAUAUAUCGCCAAUCUAGGGCCCUCUUCCACAAGAAACUCGUCUGUCUGUUACAACUUUUAGUCCAUUUCGGACAUCAUCAAGGAGUUCCAUUUCAGCUGUUAAAAUCAUGUCUGACAUGGAAGGAGGUGAUGUGUUGAGCGCCCCAGUUGCCGGUGGCCCACUCGACAUCAACACUGCUACCCAGGAAGUGCUGAAGAAUGCCAUGAUUCAUGAUGGUUUGGCCCGUGGUCUGCAUGAGGCUGCCAAAGCUUUGGACAAACGCCAAGCUUUGCUGUGUGUUUUGGCAGACAACUGCAGUGAGCCCAUGUACAAGAAACUUGUAUCCGCUCUCUGCCAGGAACACAACAUCCCAUUGAUGAAGGUGGACAACAACAAGAAGCUUGGUGAAUGGGCUGGUCUCUGCAAGAUUGACAAGGAGGGAAAGGCUCGUAAGGUCGUCGGCUGCUCUUGCGUCGUCGUCAAGGAUUGGGGUCUUGAGACUGAGGCUACCGCUGUCGUUCUCGACUACCUGAAGAAGCAGUAAUUUCAACAGACUGACUUCAGUUGACUGUAUUGGGUGUAUU